AUGCCCCACUGGAGAGAGGAGUAUCUGGCCGCGCUGGCAGUCCGGGAUCAGAGGGAGAAGGCCAACGCUGCGCUCUACGAUGCCUAUACUCGCCUCGCAGAUCGCACUGCCCAGCUGGCAACUCCCUUAGAUUCGGGCGCCAAUUUUGCACCUGGCCGGAGAUCCUCGAUCGUCUUCAGUGAAUCCCAACACCCUGUUUCGUCCUUGCCUGGAACAGCGCCAAAGAGACAGCCUUCAACUGAGCCCGGCCCAUCUCUGACAGAACUGCUGAAGAGUACUCGAGCAGACUUAUCUGAGGCACAACGGUCUCGCACUGAUUUACAAGACCAGUUGAGUCGACUGAAUACUGAACUCGAGAAGUUGCGUAAGAAGAGCAACCGAGAUGGUCGGCGCCUCGAUACAUUGGAAAGUGAGAAAGACAUAUUGGUGAAACGUCUAAAAGAUAGAGACGAGGAGCUCCGUGAGAAAACAAAACUAUUGGAGGAUUUCCAAGCCGAAUUAGCAUCGCUAAACCUCGAGUUCAAUAUGGCCGAGAAGAAAUCAAAAGAGCUUCAACGAGAGAACAAGGAGCUUGUUGACCGCUGGAUGGCCCGGAUGGGCCAAGAAGCCGAUGCCAUGAAUAAUGCAUCCAAAUUCUCCUAA